AUGCUGAACUCGUCAAAAGCGCAAACCAAGAGAACAGGCCUAAAACAAAUCAGUGGAACAGACCUUAAACGAUUCGUUGUACAUUCAGCACUAUUAAGCUUAAUUGAUCCAGUUAGAGGGGAACCAACAAGAAGCUCACUUGACGAGAACCCCAAUGGCGACGUCUUGGGUGGGCAGCAACUAAGACAAAAAUUUCUCGACUCAUUUGCCCUCAUCUGCUCUACGUCGAGUUCAGGUGCUGAAUCAGCCUCUGCUGUCUGUUUGGAAUGGCACGCAUCUGCUCCAGCAAUCUUACGUGUGGCCCGCAACCAUGGCCUGACGCCGGGUGAUAUGAGAGGGCUUGAAAAUGUAUUAGAGAUACUUCAAACAGUUGCUAGAAAGGCUAUAGAAAAGUCGUCGCCACAAGCCGAAUCCGAGAUCCUUUACUUGGUAGUCGAACUAACCAGAGAUCGAAUAUUGUCGAUAGCUGAGAGAACCCAGAAGCGCGGAAUUAUAGAGUGUCUACGGCAGGCGUCUUCUGAGCUUGUUAAAGAUCAGGCGAGGCCAGAAAUAUUGGCCGAACCUGGAUUCAAGCCCUGGCUCGACAGUUGCCCUUUCACAGCCUCAUCUCUCGACCGACCCUGGAAUCCUCUCACUAUUGCUUUGCUAGUCAACUGGGCGUCACAAGCUAGGUGGACUUAUUCUACGCAAUUCAAGGUCUUGUUUGGAAUUACACAAUCGCAAAAGCCAGAUUGGAUGAACAACCUGUACAAAAUAGCCCGCUAUCGAUCGGCCAUCAAGUCCAUGGUAAAAUUAGCUGUAAAGCAACCCGAUAUCUUUGCGCAAAUUCAGAUUCGGGAGUUGAAAGCCCCGAGCCAGAGCCCUUUCUCUCUCAAGAACGAUAGAGGUGCAUUACAGACAGCUGUUAAGAGACUCAUCAAAGAAAAUUCAAGAGAAACAAUGCAGCAAUUGGAAAAACAUUUGGAUAGCCAUGAUGUCGAAGCGGUUUUGCGCAAGGCAUGUCGCUUGAGCCUGACGCUCCACGCUGAAAUGCAACUGGUCGUGUUUUACGAAGAAAACCCUGAAUCUGCACCACGAAUGCGGUUUAUUGGGACAAGCAAGAAGGCAUGUUUUCUCUGCUACAAGUAUCUAUUACAACAUCCACUAGGACUCCAGGUUUCGGCUUGUCACCAGAAGAUAUACCCGUCGUGGAUGCCACCGCCGUAUUAUCCAAUCAGCGGAAAAUUCAAAAAUGAUCCAUUUAUAAAACUCGACAGAGAUAUUGAACAAUUGACGAGAAAAGAGCUAAAGACAGCGCUGAAUGCUGCCCGGCGGCCAAAGAAUUAUGAUUCGACUGCUGGCCCUUCAUUGACCUUGACAGCAACCGUUUCAACAGAGGUGGAAGCACGUUAG